AGAAUCUUCUUCUUCUUCUUCACCCAACAACACCAUAACCUCUCACAUUUAGUUUUGCAAACUGAAACUAAAGCUCCUGUUCUGUCUCCUGUUCCUCUGUUAAUGCUUUUCUGGGUGGUCUUGAAGAAACCUUAAUGUCUAUGUCCUUGGAGCAUGAUUACAUAGGCUUAUCAGAGUCUCUUGAAGCCUCUGACAAGUCCAACAAGGGAGGAGCUGCUUCUGCUGCUUUGAACCUCAAAGCCACUGAGCUCAGGCUGGGCUUGCCUGGCUCUGAGUCCCCUGAGAGAGAUAGUGGUGUUGCUUUGGAGGACAGAACUGGGUUUUCACUGCCUCUGCUUAAGCACUCUGUUUCUGGAGCCAAGAGGGUGUUCUCUGACGCCAUUGAUGGAGCUUCAGGGAAGUGGGUGUUCUCUGGGACUGGUGGAUCUGAGGCUGAUUUGGGUAAAGGUGGUAACCUGGUUUCUCCUAGAGGUCUUAAUGGUGGCAAAGGUCUUGCUGGGUCUGAGUGUAAGAGUCAACCAAUCUCUGCUGUGAAAGAUGGUGUGCCACUGUCUCCUAACCCAUUGCAUGAGAAGAAGGCUCAGGUUUCUGCUCCUGCUGCAAAGGCUCAGGUAGUUGGAUGGCCACCAAUCCGUUCAUUCCGGAAGAAUUCAAUGGCAUCCAUUCCUACCAAAAAAGAUGGUGAAGCAGAAGGCAAGAUGGGAGCAGGGUGUCUUUAUAUCAAGGUCAGCAUGGAUGGUGCCCCAUACCUGAGGAAAGUCGAUCUCAAAACCUAUGGCAGCUAUGUGGAUCUAUCAUUAGCAUUGGAAAAAAUGUUCAGCUGCUUUACUAUUGGUCAAUGCGGCCCACAUGGAAUUUCAAGUCAAGAUGGAAUGAGCGAGAGUCGUUUAAUGGAUCUUCUCCAUGGUGCUGAAUACGUCCUCACCUAUGAAGACAAGGAUGGUGAUUGGAUGCUAGUUGGUGAUGUUCCCUGGCAGAUGUUCACUGACUCAUGUAGAAGGAUGAGGAUUAUGAAGAGUUCAGAAGCUAUAGGGCUAGCUCCAAGGGCCAUGCAGAAGUGCAAAAACAGUAAUUAGUAUCAUCAUCAUCCUGAUUGGAAACUCUAAACAAAGUGAUGUUGGAGGUAGCUGUUAUCAGCGACCAAGGUGGCACCUGAGUAGCUCACAAGAUGUGCUCUGAAUCGCUCAUAAGGCGGAGGCAGCUGUUGUCAGCAUAACUUUGCUUCUGCAUAUUAAAUAUCUAGGGUAACAAACUAAUAGGAAGAUUGGUAUUGUAAACGUGUCUAGUUUAAUUCCUGCUCUCCUUUUUCAAGUCGUAUUCUUAUAGUUGGCUGCCAACCUAGUCUGUUGUGUAUGAAAAUGGCUUGAAA